AUUUCUGGUAAGUAAUUAACCCGAAAAAGAAACAUGCGGCCUCGGCUUUUUUUCUUUUUCUGACCUAACCAACAACGACCCGAUUCUGUAUUCUUGCAUAUCAAAUCACGACCCGACUCUUUCUCUAUUUUGUGCAAGUCCCUCGGACAAAUCAGCCUCGGUCUUGCUUUUUGUUAUUGAUUUUGAACAAGGAUUUGGAAUUAGAGAAAAACAAAAUGGGAAUUCCGUCAGAAAUUAGAGAUUACUGGGCACAAACAAUCAAAAACAAAAAGAAGCAGAUUAGUAUUAAUAAUAAUAACAAUAAUAAUAAUAAUUCUCUGUGGAUUUGUUCUCCAGCUGAAGAUCAGAGGAUUUUAGAAGCUAGACGUUGUACUCAAGAAGGUGUUAAAGCUGGAGCCAAGGCAGCUGCUGUUGCUGCUGUAGCCAGUGCUAUCCCUACUUUAGUUGCUGUUCGUGUGAUUCCAUGGGCAAAGGCAAAUCUCAAUUACACUGCUCAAGCACUCAUCAUCUCUGCUGCAUCAAUCUCUGCUUAUUUUAUCACUGCUGAUAAGACUAUCUUGGAGUGUGCAAGAAGAAAUGCUCAAUAUGACAAAACAACUUGAGAUGCUGAAUGUCACGGGAUGUGUUUUGGAGUUGCAAUAAAAUGUAUAAUUGCUGGAAUUGGUUGUUGUAAUGGAAGUUUUGUGUCUGCAAGGAGGCCAUUGUAACUGUAGCCAGAUAAACUUCUUUUGCUAUCUCACUGAGGAAGGCUUAUGUUAGUGAGCCGGCUGUAAUGUUAACUUGAGACCGGGUUCUCAAUUUUCGUGUAUUUUUAUAAGAAAUAAAAUGUGCCAGUCAAGAUUUUGUUAGAA